AUGGUCCGUCAUCUCGCUCUCACUGGUGUCUUUGCCUCAGCCGCGCUCUCCUCGGCCAGUGCUACGUCCACUGUGACCUUCACGAACAAGUGCUCAGUCGACGUCGAUUUCUACACGCGUCUCGCUAGUGUCUACACGGACGAGCACGUGGUCAUCGCCUCGGGUGCUGCAUUGGUAAAGCAGAUUGAAAAGGGCUUUGAGGGUCACUUCCGCAAUGGCACGAACGACGCUGCUACGCUCGUUGAGUUUGCCACGAAGGGCGACCUCGACCUGAUCUGGUUUGACAUUAGCAUCAUCCCGUCGCGUAUGAAGCCCGGGUUCGAGUUUUGCAAGAGCCUCGAGGAGUGCAAGCUGCACUCGGAGAGCGGGAUUGGCUUCAACACGCCCGUCCAGGUGACCCCGCUUUCCAACACGAACGGCGAGAACUGUCGCGAACUCACGUGUCUCGCCGACGCGUGCGUGGACGCCUACAACUACCCGCAGGACGAUACUAAGACACACUCGUGCCCAUUCGGCACGGACCUUGUCGUAACUUUCUGCCCGUCAGAGGACGUGACACAGGAUGACGUGGGUGACGUGACACAGGAUGACGUGGGUGACGUGACACAGGAUGACGUGGGUGACGUGACACAGGAUGACGUGGGUGACGUGACACAGGAUGACGCGACACAGGAGGACGGGACAUCAGGCUCGCAAUCCACCACGCACGAGAUCGUUGCGCCAGAGGAUUCCCAGACGCAAGGGGAAGUUCCAAGUGGCAAUGCGGGCAAUGCGUACGUUCAGGACGACAGCGUCAAGGGUGACAGCGCAAAGACGGGGGUGAAGCCGGAAGAGAUGCCCGUCCCAGAGGUGGUCAAGCCGGAUGAGAAGCCCGUCCCCCAGGAGGUGCAACAGCCCCAGCCUCAGCCACCUGCUCCAGUAGUGGCGUCUGAAGUGGUGGCGCAGCCGCCCCAGCCCCAGCCUCAGCCACCUGCUCCAGUAGUGGCGUCUGAAGUGGUGGCGCAGCCGCCCCAGUCCCAGCCUCAGCCACCCGCUCCAGUGGUGGCGCCUGAAGUGCCUGUAGAGCCCAACCAUUGCGUGUAA